GUACGGCCAUGCAUGCGUGCAGUUGUUACGGGUAAUACCAUCACUUACCACCACCUCUCAACCCCUCGUAUCUGUGUCCUGUAGGUAACCUGACCCGACUACCUGUGGAUGAGCUCAGUCGCGUGGAAACCCGCCUAAAGCUACCUUCCUACCUACCUACCUACCUACCUACCUACCAUAUCUCGGCCAUAAUCAACUAACUAGCCAACCAAGCCCAGCCCCAGCCCAGAGAGACACAUUCACUAUCAAUAGAAACACUCUUCUCUCCUACUGGCUGACGGCACCAGCCCCAACCAUCCACGCCCCUGCUUCAUCUUCCACUUUGUUCCACCGUUGCUUUCUCGAACUCUUUCAGUGAUCCCACCAUCGGCCCAGUCUUGCGCGUCUUGCAAUGUCUGGCAGCGGGGCGAGGGAAGCCGUCUUCCCCACGCGGCAAUCGCUGGGUUUGAUGAAGAGCAAGCUCAAGGGUGCUCAGAUCGGCCAUGACUUGCUGAAGCGAAAGAGUGAGGCCCUCACAAAACGUUUCCGAGAAAUAACUCGCCGCAUCGAUGAGGCGAAGCGAAAGAUGGGCAGGGUCAUGCAGAUCGCUGCAUUUUCCCUUGCUGAGGUCACUUAUGCCGUAGGCGGUGACAUCGGAUACCAAGUCCAGGAAUCCGCAAAGCAGGCACGAUUCCGCGUACGCACCAAGCAAGAGAACGUAUCAGGUGUCUUCCUACCACAAUUCGAGAGCUUCACCGUCGAAAGCAAUAAUGAUUUCGGCUUGACCGGUCUCGGAAAGGGAGGUCAACAAGUGCAGAGGUCGCGGGAAACAUAUGCGAGAGCAGUAGAGACACUGGUGGAAUUGGCCAGUCUCCAAACUGCCUUCGUCAUUCUUGACGAGGUCAUCAAGGUCGUCAAUCGUCGAGUCAAUGCCAUCGAGCAUGUCAUCAUACCCCGAACCGAGAACACCAUCAAAUAUAUUAACUCAGAACUCGACGAACUCGACCGUGAAGAGUUCUACCGCUUGAAGAAGGUCUCCGGAAAGAAACAAAGAGAUGCUGCCGCGGAUGAGUUAGAGAGAAGUUCAGCAAAAGAGAACAAACCAGAGGAGGAGAAGCAUAACCUAGCUGAGGAGGCCGCCGAAUCACAAGACUUGCUAGGAGAUAAGGACAACGAGGACGUAAUCUUUUAAGGGAAAGGAACGAUGUUGAUCUAAGACAGACGGAGAGAGACUGUAUCAUACCUACGCUAUUUGAAUUUCCAAUCCGACGGCCAAGUCGUCACUCAAUAUCUUCAAGCAUAAAUGCCUUCCACCUUGACAUUGCUGAAGACUUCAUCAUCUUACUAUUUCGCCUGUUACCUGCGCAGAGCUUCCUCAUAAGUUUCUGCAAUGACGCACACUUGCUCAAAGUCUUCAUCGUAUGCCUAAAAAGGCUAGCACAGGCACG